AUGGACCGCAUCCUGCGCGCUUCGUACGGUGAUAGGAAUCAGCGAGACGAGAACAGGCGGCGCCAUGUCCCCGACAGCGCCGCAGCGCUCGCUGCCAUCGAGCGCGUCAAGGAGCGCAAGGCGGCUCUGGCGGGCAACGCGUUCCCGGAACCGCCACCCGUCAACCCCGUCUACCGCCCCCCUUUCUGGAAUAGCAAGGUCUACGGGCCCCCGAAGGGCGACUGGGACCGUAAACACGAAGUCCGGGUCGCGUACGAGCGCCCGUUCCCGCCCGAGGCGCCCAGCGGGGAGAUUCGAGCUCCGCGGAAGGCGUUCGUUGGACCUCCGCGGGUGGCUGCGGGCGGGGCCGUGCCUGGCCUUGACCCGCCGAAGCCUAGACACGCCGAGCGGCAGGGCGCGCCGCCGCACGCGCCGCCCGAGCCGGCCAGGGGCGCCGCGCGACGCGGCCCUCACCACGCGCACGGAGCCGCGCCGGCCCCGCCGCCCUACGUCAAGGACCUGCGGAAGCUCCAGGCCGCGGUGGCGCCGCUGGAGGAGAAGAUGCGCAAGCAGGUCAAGGCCCGCACGGGCAUCCACCAGAGGCCCGAGGACAUCCUGGUGCGCGCGUUCUGCAAGGCCACGGGCCGGGAGGGGGUGUCCGCGGGGGACCCGCGGUUCCGCGUGACGACUGCGGAGUUCCGGCGCGCGUGGCGGUACCUCGGCGUCGAGGUGACCGAGGACGCGGCCGCGGCGAUGUUCAACCACCACGGACAGGACCCCUCAGGGCGCAUGCCGGUCGCCGUCUUCAGCGACGCGCUCCUGGUCGGCGCGGCGCGGCUCCUCGGCCGCCUCGACAGCGUCAUGCCGGGGCCCUACCGACGGGGGGGGGACUUGAGCCACCGCGGCGCCAUCAAGUACCCCCAGUGCCGCAAACCAGUGUUCCCGCCGACGACGUGGGACCCGAAGGACGCGGAGCCGUCGCUCCGGGCGCCGGACGUGCGGCUGGAGCUGGAGUGGGUGCACGGGUACGAGGGGAAGCGCAACACGUGUCCAAACGUGUUCUACCUUGCGUCGGGCGAGGUGGCCUUCAACGCGGCGGCGCUGGGCGUGGUGUACGACCCGCGCUCGCACACGCAGCGGUUCUUCACCGGGCACGACGACGACGUCACGUCGAUCGCGGUGCACCCGGACGGCGCCACCGUCGCCACGGGCCAGGUGGGCGCCGAGCCCGUGGUCAAGGUGUGGGACUCCAAGACGAUGCGCGAGCUCGCGACGCUCAAGCACGCGUACGGCAACCGCGGCAUCACGUCCCUGGCGUUCAGCCCGGACGGCGAGCUGCUCGCGACGGUCUCCACGGACAACCCUCACACUUUGGGAAUCUGGGACUGGCGGCGCGGGAAGCUGUUGACGGAGCGCAAGACCGCGCCCGGCGCGCCGCCGUCGACGUACGGCGUGGUGUGGUGUCCCGCGGAGGGCGUGUCGCGGCCGGGCCCCGUGGCGCGGAAGGCGGCCGCGGCGGGGCUGAUGGAGCACACCCCCCCCGCGUACCGGCUGGCCACGUACGGCGUCAACAGCCUGAAGAUCUUCGAGCUGUCGCGACAGGGCGCGGGGAAGAACGCGCCGCUCGACUUCACGCGGGGCGAGGCCGGGGUGUUCGGGAAGGUCAAGACGCACACCAUCACGGCCGCGGCGUUCCUGCGCACGGGGGAGCUCGUGACCGGGAACGGGAACGGGCGGAUCUGCACGUGGCGCGGCGCGAACUGCGUGGCCGCGGCGCCCGCGCACGACAUCGGCCCCGAGACGCACCGCCCGGACGGGAAGCUCGCGCGGUUCGGGGUGCGCGCGCUGGUGGUGCGCCGCGACGGCACGCUGCUCUCCGGGGGCGCCGACGGCGUCGUGCGCGCGUGGGACGUCUCGACGGGGGCCCUCGGGAAGUGCCUGUGGAAGCUGCCGCUUCUGCCAGACGCGCAGCAGACCGGCGCGGUGCCCUCGCCGAUCCGCGCGCUGGACGCGUCGCCCGACGGGAGCCACACGUUCGUCGCCGGCACGUGGCGGUGCGAGGUCUGGGAGGUCGACAAGGACCCCGAGGUGCUCGUGAUGGGCCACCAGGCCGACCUGUACGGCGUCGCGACGCACCCGACGGACCCGCGCGUGUUCGCGACGUUCCAGGAGUCGGACCGGGUGCUGGUGUGGGACGCCGAGGGGCGCCGCGUGGCGCGGGCGUUCGCGAUGGGGCAGGGGAACCGCACGCGGUCCGGGGCGUUCUCGCCCGACGGGCGGCUGCUGGCCGUCGGGCUCAAGAACGGCGGCGUGAAGGUGCUGACGGUGGCGGGGCGCCGCGCGGAGCAGGUGUUCUGGGCCAAGACGUUUGAGAGCGCGGUGGACGUGCUGGCGUGGUCGCCGGACGGCACGCUGCUGGCGGCGGGCUCGCACGACCAGGCGAUCGACGUGUUCCGCCUCGCGGAGGUCGCGCCGGGGGCGUGGGAGGGGAAGCGCACGGUGCGGUGCGUGGGGCACUCGUCCACGAUCACGCACAUGGAUUUCUCCGUGGACGGGACGCUGCUGAUGAGCAACGACCAGGCGUACGAGCUGCUGUACUUCGACGUGCGCACGGGGCGGCAGGUCGCGACCAACCAGCGCGACACAGCAUGGAGGACGUACACGGGCGUCUUGGGGUUCCCCGUGAUGGGGAUCUGGCCGCCGGACUCGGACGGCACGGACAUCAACGCGCUGGACCGCGCGCCGUCGGGGCGGUUCCUGGCCACGUCGGACGACUCGGGCUUCGUCAAGUUGUUCAACUGGCCGGCAGUGUACAAGAGGGCGGAGCACGAGGCGUACGCGGGGCACGCGAGCCACGUGAUGGACGUGCGGUGGGCGUGCGACGAGUCCCGCGUGUUCAGCGCGGGCGGCAAGGACCUGUGCGCGAUGCAGUGGCGGGUCAUGCCCCGAAAGCCCGCGGUGGCGCAGUAUCAAGUGCGGGCGCCGUGGGGCGACAGAUAG